UGACCCCAAAAAAAAAUGCUGAAAAGUUCCCGCAGUGGCCGCAGCAAGAUGUUGAUGAUGCAGAUGAUGGAUGGCCAUGUAACCGCAGCGAUCCGAGCAACAUGGAUGUAUACCAAAUAGAGCUGGAGGCACAGGCACAAAUCCGCUCCAAUCUUUUGGUUGAAAAUUGUGUGAAGCACGCAGUCGGGCAGCCGCAGCAGCAGCUACAUUCGCAGAAGGAGAGAAAGGAUAGUCACAUCAAGGACUUUGACGGCAACGAGGAGGAGCAGGAACAGGACGAGGACGAGGAAGAGGAGGAGGAGGAGGAGGAGGAGGAAGAGGAGGAGGACGACGACAACGCAGAAGAGGAGGAGGAACACGAGGACAGGCUCCUGCCAGAAGUCAAUUUCGAUGCAAAUUCGGAUUUCAAUUUGCAUUUCUUUGACACGCCCGAAGACUCCUCGACCCAAGGCGCCUACAGCGAGGCCGCCAGCCGCGACCUAGACUCCGAUCAGGACCAGGAGCCGGAGGAAGAUCCACAGCAGCAGCGGGAGUUGCAGGAUUGCCUCAGUGCCAUCGAGGCGGCGGAUGCGGAUCCCCUGCAGCUGCUGCAGUGCGACGACUACUACGGCCAAUCCGCUGCAGGCGAGGGCGUGCCAGGCGCACCAGUCAUAGCCACAACUGCCACUGCACCGCAUCCCCAUGCACACCAUAAUCCAAGCAAUCCACAUCUGAAUCCGCAGCACAACACAAACUCCAAUCCACACGCACACCAACAGCAGCAGUCCCAGCAGCCGCAGCUAAACUGCACCUUGAGCAAUGGUAGAGGUGCUCUGUACACCAUCAGCAGUGUGCAUCAGUUUGGUCCGGCCAGCAGCAGCAGCAGACACCACCACCACCACCACCACAGCUCCUCACCCAACUCGAGUGGGGCACACGCCUCGCCGGACAGCGGCUGCUCUUCGGCCAGCUCCAGCUCCUCCCACGCCGUUUCCUCAUCAUCGUCUUCGAGCUGCUCGGACGGGAAUGCUCAUACAUCCUCGUCAGCGGUUAGCUCCAGCUCCAGCUCCAACUCCAGUCCCAGCUCCGUCUCCAUUGCCAGCUCCAGCGCAGCAACAUCUUCAUCUGUUGCGCAUCUGAACAAAGAGCCACAGCAGCAGCAGCCACAGACAACGCAGCAGCUACAGCAGCAGCAGCAGCAGCAGCAGCAGCCGCCACACUCACAUCAGCAGCAACAGUUGCAGCAGCAACAGCAGCACCCCCAGCAGCAGCAGCAGCAGCAGCAGCAAUCUUUUGGCAUAGCCGACUCCAGCAACAACAACACUAGUAGCAACAGCAACAACAACUCCAACGGCGUCUCCUCAAAGUCGUUUGUGCCGUGCAAAGUGUGCGGGGACAAGGCCUCUGGCUAUCAUUAUGGUGUAACCUCCUGCGAGGGUUGCAAGGGCUUUUUUCGGCGCAGCAUCCAGAAGCAGAUCGAGUACCGGUGCCUGAGGGACGGCAAGUGUCUGGUCAUACGGCUGAAUCGGAAUCGCUGCCAAUAUUGCCGCUUCAAGAAAUGCCUCUCCGCUGGCAUGAGCCGCGACUCUGUACGUUAUGGUCGUGUUCCCAAGCGAUCCCGUGAGCUGAACGGUGCUGGGUCCACUACCGCAGCAGGUUCGGGCGGAGCGAGCUCUACAUCUGCCUGCCCCUUGUUGGCCGGUGCGCCAUUAAAUGUGGAUGAAUCCACUGUCAAUAAUUUGCAUACAAAUCAACUGCAACAGCAACAGCAACAACAACAACAACAGCAAAUACAACAAUUACAACAGCAACAGCAGCCACUGACGCCGCAUGUGAACAGCGUCCGUGUGAAGACACCGAGUACACCACAAACGCCACAAAUGUGUUCGAUUGCCUCCUCGCCAUCGGAGCUGGGCGGUUGCAAUAGUGCCACCAACAACAACAACAAUAACAACAACAACAACGGCAGCAAUGCCAGCGGAGGCAGCGGCGUGGGAGUUGUAGUCGUGGCGGACAUCAGCAAAUGGUGGGCGUGGGCAACGGCAUGGCCGCGAGGUUGGUGGCCAUCAGGUGACAAUGUGCCAUGAUGGCAUGGCCGGCACGGCCAACGAGCUAACCGUCUACGAUGUGAUUGUGUGCGUCUCGCAGGCGCAUCGCUCAACUGCUCCUACACGGAGGAGCUGACGCGGGAACUGAUGCGACGUCCAGUGACGGUGCCACAGAAUGGCAUUGCCACCACAGUAGCGGAGAGUCUGGAGUUUCAGAAGAUCUGGCUCUGGCAGCAAUUCUCGGCCAGGGUAACGCCCGGCGUUCAGCGGAUUGUGGAGUUUGCGAAACGCGUACCUGGCUUCUGUGAUUUCACCCAAGAUGACCAGCUGAUCCUGAUCAAACUGGGCUUCUUCGAGGUCUGGCUCACCCAUGUGGCGCGUCUCAUCAAUGACACGACACUGACGCUGGACGAUGGCGCCUAUCUGACACGCCAGCAGCUGGAGAUACUCUACGAUACCGACUUUGUCAAUGCCUUGCUGAACUUUGCCAAUACGCUGAAUGCCUACGGGCUGAGCGACACCGAGAUUGGCCUCUUCUCGGCCAUGGUGCUGCUGGCCUCGGACCGCGCCGGACUCAGUGAGCCAAAGGUGAUUGGUCGGGCGCGGGAGCUGGUGGCCGAAGCGCUACGCGUACAGAUUCUGCGCUCUCGGGCCGGAUCCCCGCAGGCGCUGCAACUGAUGCCCGCCCUCGAGGCUAAGAUCCCCGAACUGCGCUCGCUGGGGGCCAAGCACUUCUCACAUCUAGACUGGCUGCGAAUGAACUGGACCAAGCUGCGGCUGCCGCCCCUCUUUGCGGAGAUCUUCGACAUACCCAAGGCCGAUGAUGAGCUGUAGGGGGCGGGGGGAGACCGAGACGCCCAGGGCCGUGCAAAGCAACCGCAACAAAUAUUCUACAACUUGUAGGCUUAAGAACUUAGCGUUAACAGAGCAUAGUGGAGAAAGAGCAGCAGCAUCCAACAUACGAGUAGUUAACUAAGCUUAAAGGCAAAUUAGCAAUGUUAAAGGCGUUCUUCCCCCCCUCGCUACCCGCUAAACAUAUCCAUGCGUUAAACAUAAAUUAUUUAUUUCAUUUUUUCAAACCAUCAUUCAACGCUAAGCUGCACUCUGAAACAUCAUCACAUCAUCCAAUACCCACCAUUCGGCUGCACCCUCCUCGAGCAGAUCCCAGAUCCCAUCCCAUCCCAUCACCCCCGCUCUAAGCACUGACUGGAGGAUCGAUGCCACAAUCAACCAUUGGCCAGCUAUCCCAAGGCAUCUAUCUAUUAGACACAGAAACUCGACUGAAGGGCGAGCGUUAAAGUUCGAUAAAAACUGGUUUUUUUUUUAAGAAUCUUAAAUUACUAUUAUCGGAUAUACCUAGCUAGUGUUAGAGAUAGUCUGAAAGCAAAAAGACCCAAUUUUGUUUUGCUUGAAUUGAGUUGAGGAAGGAUUCAAACGAUAUAUAAUAUAUACGAGUAAAUACAUAUAUAAAUAAAGAACUUGGUACAUAAUCUGAUAAAUCUGAUAAAUCUAUGCCUAUGAUGAUCGAUGCGUUUAUUGUAUCUGCGUGUAAAUAAAUCUAAAUUAAAUUUUAACAUUAACUUGCUGCGACUUGAUUAUUAUUUAUCCCCCGACCCCCACGCCAGUCCCCGCCCACAAUCAGUUGCUCGAUGAUCUCUCCAGACGUUAUAUCGGAUAGAUCGUCUACGGCAACAGCCUCCAUUGAAAGUGUUCAGUUAAUCACUUAAGAUCGAAACCUUUUGACAUACCUACGAUUAAGAUAACUUUCUAGUUUAAGUGCUUUAAGGCUUCGUUUUGUAUACUCUUGGAACAAUCAAAUUGUUUGAUCAAUUCUUGAAUAGAUUGGUGCUAAAUUUCGUGUGUUACGUUUACAUUGAAAAUCAAACUUGCAAAUCAUAAAUCAAUCAGAAAUAAACUAAAUAUAUUAUACACAUCAAAUCUAUCCAUAUAUCGAAUAUAUGUAUGAAACAAAAAAAACAAAAUCAAAAAAUGGAUUCUUCUCUCUAAAGCUCUCUCUCUCUCUGCAUUGAUUGUUGAAUUUAUAUAGAAACAUUUUGUACAUUUUAUUAGUGUGACAAAGAAAAUAUUAAAUGUAGACGGUGGCCACGAUCCCAGCUGGCCGUGGCGACCAUUUUAUGCUCCAUGUGUACCUUUCGCUUAUUGAAUUAGAAAAUAUCGAGAAAUCAAUAACUAUAUAGACAUACAUACAUGCAGAUAUAUAGACUAUAUUAUGACUUGCAAUAUCUUAGAAGACAAACCACUUAAUAUGCCAGCACACGCAGUCCCCAGCUUCGAUCCCACAAUAAUGAUUUCAAAACCCCAACAAAUCUCUGUGUUAAUUUUGUAAACCAGUGCGCAUAAUGGAACUUUGUGAAUGUAGCAUUAACAAACAACAAACAGAACAAGAACCACAACAGAUUUUUAAAUUAACUAAUUAACUUAUACAUAAAAUAUAUGAUAUACAUGAUAUACCUAUAAUAAAUAUAUACAUAGCUACAAUUUUUUACCUACUGUAGCUUUGAUUACAUUUUUCAAUGUGUCAAAUUUUAAAUGGUAUUAACGAUAGUCCAUAAUACUCGAACAUCUCUCUGUCUGCAACUGCAACUACAGCGCGCAUAAAUAAAGAAAACAAAUCAAACUGACGCCGACUUCCUACGAACAAACCAAAGUUCUCGAGCAGCGCAAAAGUAAACCAGAUAUUUGUAUGUGUAACUAGACCUAUAUCAAUAUCAAACAAAACAGAAAAGCAUUCACAUCCAUAAAUGAGUCGGAAACUCCAAUUCAACCUGAAAGCCCAUUCCCAUUGUGGUCUGGUUGGAGUACAGGGCAUGAGCAGGCAUAAAGAUAUGAGGCAAGGCUCUCGCUUUACUAACAUACUAAGAAAAUAGACAAAAACAAUAUUCAUAACACUAAGCCGCAAACACAUUACAAAAACAAAUAAGCAACAGACGAUAAGAACACUGCGAAAACUAAUUAGAACGAAAAACAGACACACACAUGGCUGGAGCAGAUUGUAAUAAAAUUACA